AGAACUCAUGAGCAGCUGAGGGGAGAGGUCAUCCAGGAGUCCUGAGCUGCGAAUGUGAACACCAAGGAGCGUCACCAAUGAGAUGACAACUCCCUUAAGGUAUGUUUCCCUGGACGGAUGAGAUUCACCUGUAGCAGACACACAGGAGAACAACAUUAGACCCAGCAGGGCUUCAGGGCUGAGAGGCGCAGACGGAUUUAUUGGAGCACGCAGAGCUGCGAUCCUGGGUCCACUACGAGCCAGCACAGCCGAGAGGAUGGACCAGGUGUCAUACCAGUCAGUGGUGGGCAGUGAUGACAUCACAGAUGAGUCAGCAUCAUUUGUGGAGGACAGAGGGAGCUCUGAUGAAGAAGAGUCCUCGGACCCACAGGCUCCGUGUCUGGCAGCUCCACAGACCCCUCUCCCGACCUACAAGCAGAAGUUUGAUGAAUUCAAGAAGUUGUUUAAGGAACUGCCGGAGACAGAGAGACUCAUUGUGGACUACCCAUGUGCCCUCCAGCGGGAGAUCCUCCUGCAGGGACGCCUCUACCUCUCUGAGAACUGGCUCUGUUUCUACAGCAACGUGUUUCGGGGGACCAAGAUCACACUGGCACUGAAAGACAUCAUAACGAUGACCCGAGAGAAAACGGCUCGGCUCAUCCCCAACGCCAUCCAGGUGUGCACGAGCACCGAGAAGAAUUUCUUCACUUCCUUCUCGGCAAGAGAGAAAAGUUAUCUGGGAGUGUUUCGCAUGUGGCAGAACGCGCUGUUGGACAAGCCUCUGACCAGUUUGGAGUUGUGGCAGAUGGUCAAACAGCAUUAUGGGUAUGAUCUGGGCCUGAGUCAUGAAGAGAUGGAGAGUUUACAGAUAUCAGCAGAAUCAAGCAUGCAGACCAGCCUGACUGUGAGGCCUGGUGGUGAUGACGCUCUCGGGAAGCUGGAGCGGACCCCCUCCCUCCGACUCCCUGGGGUGGAUCAUGGGCCUUUGGAGACCUCCACACCACAAGGGGAGGACUUGCCUUCCCUACUUGGGUUACAGACUAGCGCGCAGGAUGAUGCUCGCAGCACCCCGUCUCGCCGCAGUCCUGCUCCCUCUCUAGAACGCCUGGUUGCAGAGCGGUCUUCCAAACGCUCUUCGUUUUCUCUGGAUCUGAACGCCAACGAGAACGGUGUGUCUGAGCAGAGCGGUUCAGAGAGCACUGAAGAAGUGGAGGAGCGGGUGGGUUUGCCUCAGGUGCAGGGUCGACUUUAUCUAAACAAGGUCUUCCACAUCAGCGCCAGCAAGAUGUUUGAACUGCUCUUCACGGAUUCAGACUUCACCCGCAGGUUCAUGAACAUCAGGAAAAUCAUCAAUGUCAGUUGUACUGCUUGGCAAAAAGAUGCCUCUGCUCACAUGAAAAGAAGUCUGAACUACACAAUAACCAUCAACAACCCUCUGAUUGGCAAGUUCUCCACGGCUACAGAGUACCAGACGCUGUACAAAGAAUCCAGGGAUGGUCAUUACUACCUGGUGGACUCUGAGGUUUACACUCACGACGUUCCCUAUCAUGAUUACUUCUACACUCAGAAUCGAUACUACAUCAUACGUACCUCAAAGAGGAAGUGUCGGCUCAGGGUCUACACUGAUGUGAAAUACAAGAAGCAGCCAUGGGGUCUGGUCAAGUCCUUCAUCACCAAAAACUCCUGGAGUGGCAUCGAGGACAACUUCAGACAGCUGGAAGCAGAACUGAUGGAGGAGGAAGCAGAGAUGAAUCAGGGAGGCGGAGACUCUGGGAAGAUGAGCGGGCUCCGGAGGAGGAGGCGGACUUAUAGCCGGACUCUGCCAGAGCACAUGAAACCCAACAAGCAGGAUGCUGAGCAGCACAGAGAGGGCAACAUGGGCCCCAUAGAAAUUGCGGGAGCGGGCCGAUGGAGCACUACGACCAUAGUGGCUGGGAUGAGUGUAAUUUUGCUGAUUCUGACAGUGAUGAAUCUUAGUCUCUUCUUCAAGCUGUGGGCGAUGGAGGACGUAGCCCAACGCAUGUACCUGACCACGAAGCAUCGGCUGAGGGAGAGGAGUGGGGCCAGCUUGGCCCCCGAAUACGGCCCCAGACCGGGACCAGGGUUUACGACUACAGAAGACCUGCAGCUGCUGAAAACUGUUCUACAGGACUCUAUCAACCUUUUAGAGCAGCUCCGCAGCUCUCUAGUGGUUCUGCAGCAGAACUUUGCUGUAGCCAAUCGAACAGCUGCACCGCAGUGAUGCUGCACACCUGGCGAGCACAGAGCACCUGUCCCCUGUCCCCGUGGAGACUGCAGCAGUGAUGGCCUCUGAGGAAAUCUCUGGUAUCCAGUGACGUUGCCAUGAAGACAUCCCAGGACACUUGACAUGCUCAGAGUCUGUGGUGGGCAUCAGGUGUCAGGAUGAUUUUUAAAGCUUUGGACUGAGUGACUGCCCCCAGCACAGAGCUUCAUCUUCAUCAGCCUCACAGCAGGUUAAACUCUCGUCGGGCGCUGGAUGUUUUCUUUUCUUUUUAAAAUGAUUUCCAGAAAACUCUCCUGAUGUGCCUUUCUUUAUUCUGAUGAGCCUCGACCACACCACACGAGCUGCUGUAAAUACUUUUUACUCCAGGGAAGUCAAUCACUGUUAUUUAAAGAAGAUUUUCUCUACUUACACUUUUGCACAUUUUAAUUUUUGCACGUGCCUCAUAGGUUAGGCUUCGUUUUAAAUAUCUUCAUAGAUUUUAUUAUUUCUAAUAAAUAUGACAGAAUCUGUGACUCAUAUUUAAGCUUUGUCUUUUGUUUGAUUAUAAAUCCUACUUUUGAAAAAACUGUGAAUUCGAAAAAAUAUUUUUACAACAAAAUUUAACAUUUGAGUCAGGUCUGUAUUAUACAGUCUAUGGUCUGUACAGAAUAUAUUUUACUUAUUGUUUUUAAUUUCUCAAAGCAUUGAUCUGAUUCAUAUUUGAGUUAUUACCUGUUUACUUCACUCGGCUGGGUCCUGAUAUCACUUAAUAUUCAGCAGCUGAAAUAACAGUUACAGAAUCUCCUCUCAUCACCUGUACAUUUGUAAUAAUUGAUGUGUAUAUAUCAUACUUUCUUCAUUUUAUAUGUUGAGCCUUUUUUCUGAAGUUAUUUUUCUGUUGUUUUAAUAAAGGUGUGGAGUCAGAGAGGCUCAGGUUAUCUCA